AACCCUUGUUUCUACUACCAGCAAUGACGAACCGCUCUUCGCGGAGGUGGAUAUGAGUGGCGAUUCCUCAGCCCCGACUGUCCGAGCAACUGUCGUCCAGGCCUCCACCAUAUUUUAUGAUACUGCCGCCACUCUAGACAAGGCAGAGAGACUAUUGGCUGAAGCAGCAGGGUAUGGAUCCCAGCUAGUUGUGUUUCCAGAAGCAUUUGUUGGUGGUUAUCCACGGGGGUCAACUUUUGGUGCUGCUAUUGGCAACCGAACUGCAAAGGGUAGAGAGGAGUUUCGCAAGUAUCAUGCUGCUGCCAUUGAUGUACCUGGUCCUGAGGUUGAUCGAUUAGCAGCAAUGGCUGGAAAAUAUAAGGUAUUUUUGGUGAUGGGUGUGAUAGAAAGGGAAGGAUAUACACUUUAUUGUACGGUGCUGUUUUUUGAUCAUCAAGGUCUUUAUCUGGGAAAGCAUCGAAAACUCAUGCCAACAGCAGUAGAGCGUAUAGUCUGGGGAUUUGGAGAUGGAUCAACAAUUCCAGUUUUUGAAACUCCAAUUGGAAAAAUAGGUGCUGUCAUAUGUUGGGAGAAUAUAAUGCCACUUUUAAGGACAGCAAUGUAUGCCAAAGGUGUUGAAAUAUAUUGUGCACCGACUGCUGAUGCCAGGGAUGUGUGGCAAGCAUCAAUGACGCACAUUGCUGUUGAGGGUGGAUGUUUUGUAUUGGGGGCCAACCAAUUCUGUCGAAGGAAAGAUUACCCACCUCCUCCAGAGUAUGUAUUUUCUGAUAUAGAAGAAGACCUCACACCUGAUUCUGUUGUCUGCGCUGGAGGCAGUGUGAUUAUAUCUCCUUUAGGAACUGUAUUAGCAGGACCCAAUUUUGAUGGGGAGGCACUGAUCUCAGCUGAUUUAGACCUUGGAGAAAUAGCUCGGGCAAAAUUUGACUUUGAUGUUGUUGGGCAUUAUUCGAGGCCUGAAGUGCUCAGCUUGACUGUGCGGGAUCAUCCAGCAAAGCCGGUUACUUUCACAUCAACUUCUGAGAAAACUGAAACUAGACAUAAAUAGGCAUGUUCUUCUCCUGCCUCGCAAUUGAAGUUCAAGAAAUAAAAUGGCUUCGGGAUGGGAAGGAUGUCUAAUUUCAUUUUCAUGGUAAACCAUAUGGCUUGCUAAAUAAUUAUUGCAUCUCCUGGCUGAAAGAUGCUAUUUGCUGCCAGAUAUCAAUAUCGCUUGUUAAUAUGUUCUGUUUUUAAUUGUUGAAGAUGAUCGAUGACAGAAGUAUGCUUCUGCUAUGGAAUUCUAGUUGGAAUGUCCUUUCUGUAUAUCCGCAACAGAAGCAUGUUUCAUGUUUGUGCAUGUAUUGCAAUGCUUAUCCUGUGUAUGUAUCUAUUGCUA